AUGGUAGGAGCUCUAAAGCGAAAAAUAGUUAACCCACCCGAUUAUGCGCCUCGACUAUUACGAACUGAACGACCUGAUUUAUAUCCACCAAAUGCGACACUUGAAAACGAUGAAUGUGUUUUGCUCGAUGCGUAUCUACGAGCAAAAGGAGAAUUACGAUCAAUGGAAAUUGUUGUUAUGAAGGCCAGCGAUAAUGUUGACGAAAAGAAGCAGGACCUUUUACGGAUUAUCAACAAAUAUAGCGAAGGAAGAUUUGGAGCAAUUUAUACCGUGCAGAGGGUUGCUUCUAUCGAGGAAAAAGUUGUGUAUGCUUCAAAUAUGGUGAUGAUUAUGAAAACCAGCUUAAGGCAAAGCGCUUGUUCGACAAAUCGGCUAUCUAGAGAAAUCGCAGCAUUAAAAGUGAUAAAUGACACCGGAAAAGGAAGAGAGCCAGUGAAAAGAGUUCUUCCAAUUUUGUUUGAAAGCAAAGUUCUGGGAAUUCCAUAUUUCAUCAUGCCACCAAUGGAUGUAAGUCUAGAAAAAAUGAAAACUGAAAUUUGUCGGAAGAUGACUCUGGCAUGCGCAUUUUUUAUUGCUCAAGAAGUUUUGAUGGGAAUAAAGGAUGUACACGCGAAGCGAAUUGUUCAUCGUGAUGUGAAACCGGCGAAUGUUGUUUUGAAUCCUGUUAAUAAUAAUCAAUGGUAUCUUAUUGAUUUUGGUGACGCGAUAAUGGAGGGACGGAGAUUUUUAUUGUCUCCUCCAGAUGGUAUUACACUUCCGUUUCUUUCACUUGUUGGUCAUCAAUCUGCGUUGGAAUUGAUUCCAGCAGAAUGCAAACAGGAUAUUGAAAGCUGGUUCUAUUUGUUAAUGGAUUUAGUAAAGCCGUUGAGUUGGAGAAAAUUGAUAACAGAGCCCGAAGUAAUUGAAGCGAAAAAGGACUUUUGGCUAAAUAAAACUGAAAUUGCUGAAGGACCUGAACACUUGCGGACAAUUGCUGAACUCAUUGAGCGUGGUGUUGACUACCCGUACAAGGAAAUUUCUUUAGUUUUGAAAGACGGAUUCGAGAAGCACAAGUACUAA